UGCCUAGUGAUGACAAACUACUGACUGCUACUGAUUUCCUGUCUUUUCAAAAUCUCUUCGAUGACACUUAAGCUAACUGGAAGUUUUCUGCACUGAUUUCAUUAGUUUAUAUUUUCCUUUCUGCUGUACUGUGGGACGAAAUAUGAUCGAAACGCUUGCCAGGAAUGUUGUGUAAUUUUUCAGCGCGUCGGGUCGCUUUAUAAAGGGUUGUGGAAAAAUAAUGAAUAAUUAUAUGUUCAUUAGGGUCGUUGGGAAAGGAAGCUAUGGAGAGGUGAACUUGGUGAAAAACAAAACAGACCGAAAACAGUAUGUUAUAAAGAAACUGAAUCUGAUCACUUCCUCCAAGCGGGAGCGGCGUGCUGCAGAACAGGAGGCACAGCUUCUGUCUCAGCUGCGACAUCCUAACAUUGUGACUUACAGAGAAUCUUGGGAAGGAGAUGACUGUCAGCUUUAUAUUGUGAUGGGUUUCUGUGAAGGGGGUGAUCUCUAUCAUAGACUCAAACAACAGAAAGGGGAACUCUUGCCAGAAAGACAGGUCGUAGAGUGGUUUGUCCAGAUAGCCAUGGCACUCCAGUAUCUGCAUGAGAGGAACAUUCUUCACCGGGACUUAAAAACUCAAAAUAUCUUCCUGACAAAAACCAACAUCAUCAAAGUUGGUGACCUUGGCAUUGCACGAGUUUUGGAGAACCAGAACGAUAUGGCCAGCACACUUAUUGGAACACCAUACUACAUGAGUCCUGAGCUCUUCUCUAAUAAACCCUAUAACCACAAGUCAGAUGUGUGGGCCCUGGGUUGCUGUGUGUAUGAAAUGUCCACACUGAAACACGCCUUCAAUGCCAAAGACAUGAACUCACUGGUGUAUCGCAUUGUUGAGGGAAAGCUGCCUCAGAUGCCGAGUCGGUACGAUCCUCAGCUUGGAGAUUUGAUCAGGAGCAUGCUGUCUAAGAGACCUGACGACAGGCCUGAUGUCAAACUCAUCCUCCGGCAGCCCUACAUAAAACGACAAAUUGCUAUGUUCCUUGAGGCCACCAAAGAAAAAACUGCCAAAUCAAGAAAAAAGGCUGUGGAUAGCAGUGGUGAUUGUAGGUCCAACAGUACAUCAUGUGGAGCUUCAUUUCAAUCAAAACCUGAGAGACUUCCUCCAAGUCCCCAGCCCGAACCUUUAGCUCGAGUUAAACGGAAAGAAGAAAAAUCACAACAGUCAAAAAGCCGUAACGGUGUGACAGACUGCCCUCCAGUCCAGACACCACCACCACCUAAACCUUCCUCACCUGAUGUUGUGAAAACCAGCAUCGUCUCUAUGGCAACUGUCAGUAAUAUUGAUAUCCAGCUGCAGCAGAAUGAUGACAUGAUGGCGAGACAAGUGCAUGGACCUGAGUCAAUCAUAUCACACCAUGGGCCAACCAGUGAAUCUGUGACUCAUUGUGUGUACAAAGAACGCAAAGAGCGAGGGAAACUAGAUCUUUCACCCCCUCCUUCCCCAGUUUACCCCCCUCUGAAGGCUGUAUCAGGUGUUUGCAGCAAGGCAGGUAAUGAGCGGACGGCAUCCAACGAGCCGACAGACAUUCAGCCACAAGCCACACCAAACCCUGGGGAUACAUUCUCUGUCUUUGGGGAGAAACAGCUCUCAGAUGUGGAUUAUAAGGAUAAAACCAUGGAGUUACUUAAAGAGGCUGAUGGGCAGCACCCAAUUCUAGAAAACUUUGGAGCAGUUUUGGAUGUAAACAUGAGCAAUGAAAAUGACACAGUGACCCUUAUCAAGCAAGCUCCAACUCAGUACUUAUUUACCUCAGAUGUCCAAGACAACCCAGAAGCCACUGAAAAGCUGUUAGAGCCUCCAAAACUGGAGCCUGUUCAAGAAGAAUCUUCUUCCGAAGUCGCCAAGAAAGAUCUUUGCCAAAGUCCCCGGUACUCCUCAGAGCCUUUUGUGUUACAGCAGCACAGAGAGGACGUACGACAUGCACAGGGAGAUCAGAAUAAGUUUAAGAUGGCUGCUCCAAGACCUUUACCUCAACCUCCUGUUGAGAGUGUAACUGUGGAAGGGAAGAAGAAAAAAAAGAAGACAACAGAAAGCAAGAAAGCUGAUGUGGCUUCAGAGUCUGCAUCAGUCAGUUCCUCCAAGGAGGUAUUGCUACCACUACCACAGAAUCGUCCUCUAUCUGCAAGAGAGAGAAGACGACUGAGGCAGUCCCAAGAGAGUUUCAACCAACCAGGUGUUAAUGCUGAACGAAGGGCAUCUUAUGAUGUCACCUCUACUAAAGCCGAGUAUUACAGUGUCCCAGUUGCUCGAUCUGCUUCCUAUUCUACUACAGAAUCCAGCAGUAAGCAGGAUAAGUUGCUGGAGCAAAGGUCUGAUGAAGAUGACUGUAGCUCAUCCACAAGUUCCACAGAGCGCUUAGAAGGAGACUGCAAGGAAAGCAGAAAAACUGAAUCCUGCGACAUGCAUGAUUUAGUCCACAUGAUGACGCAAACUUUGAGAAUGGAUGUUGGAGACUGUGUAAGUGAAAUGGACAAAGGCAGAUUGGACUCUACAACACUGCCAGAAUUUAAACUGAACAGGAAGUAUAGGGACACCCUGGUGCUUCAUGGGAAGACACGAGGGGAAGCAGAAAACUUGUCGCUUGGUGAAAUACCAAAAGAAGGCUCCACAUCUGGUCCAGCCAAGAUAAGAAGAGCCGUAGAGCACCUGAGAACAGAUGUGGUGAAGGGUCUGGGUGUCCAGCUGCUGGACAAAGUACUUGAAAUUAUGGAGGAGGAGGAUGAGGACAAAAGAGAACUGUGUCUUCGUAACCAGAUGGGAGAUGAAAAGUACCAAGCUUAUGCUGUGAUGGUGAGGCAGCUUAAGUUUUUUGAGGAUAUUGCCUUCAAGGUUUAAAGAACACUGUAAUUAUGGGAGUAUACACACGUACAUUUUCCAAGUCUGUUUAAAAACGUCUUUUGCUCUCUAAAAGCAAGCAUCUUGACAUUUUCACAGAACGAUAACUUAGUUUUUAUGUAAAUAGUUUAGCUUUCAGAAAGAAAAGAGAAUGUCAAAGAUAAGUUUUCUUGUGACGUAGCAGCUUUCUUCUUCCUGUGAGAAUUCAAGUGCAGAUUAAUAGUGUUUUUUGUCAGAGUUAUUAGCAUGGAGACAAUUAUGUAAAUACCUGUAUAAAGCUUUUUAAGAUCUCAUGUAAGAAUGAAAAUAAAAUGUGAAAAUGUUUUUACAACAUUCA